AUGGACUCCUUCCGUGAAGAGUGCUUAAACAUCAAUGUCGUCUACAAGACAGACGGCCUCUUCAACAUCCAACGCAUAGAGGCCCUGACGUGUCGCUACACGACUACUCUACACGACUUGUUCUUCGCAAACGACUGGGCGUCCAAAAAAACGACAGAUGUGGAUAUGCAAAAAAGCGUGGACCUCUUCGCUGCCAGCUUCGCACACUUGGGUCUGGCCAUCAACAUGGAUACUGCGAUGGUCAUGCAUCAGCCAAUGUCAGACAACGAUCCUCGCAUCUAUUUCAACGGUAUUUAA